GGCGCGCUGACGGCUGGAGUCCCCCAGCUGGUGCGGAAGUUGGGCCGGAGGGCCUGGUGGGUGCUGCUCUCGUCCCUUUUUUGCCGGUUCUCCCCGGUCCGCCCGCCGCCCGCGGUCUCCCUGCCCCGCGUGGGCCGCGCCGGAGCUCGAAGUCCUUUAAAGAAGAGGCCCUCAGAAGGUCCUUCUUUUAAGAAAAUAAAGACGGUGGUGGACGCAAGUCUCCUCAUCUUUCCCAGCCCUACAUGGCUGAAAAAUCAAGAAAGUCUUUAGCCCCAUCUCCAUCCGACCAGGCUCCUGAAGAGGACCUUGUAAUUGUCAAGGUCGAGGAAGAUCAUGGCUGGGACCAGGAAUCCAGCCCACAUGAACACAACCCUCCUGGCCAAGAGCUGUUCCGCUUGCGAUUCAGGAAGCUGUGCUACCAGGAGACACAAGGACCCCGGGAAGCUCUGAUCCAACUCCGGGCACUUUGCCAUCAGUGGCUGAGGCCAGAUUUGAACAGCAAGGAGCAGAUCCUGGAGCUGCUGGUGCUGGAGCAGUUCCUGAGCAUCCUGCCCAUAGAGCUGCAGGCCCUGGUGAAGGAACAUCAGCUGGAGAGUGGGGAGGAGGUGGUGACCUUAUUGGAGGAUCUGGAGAGGCAGAUUGACAUCCUAGGACGGCCAGUCCCGGCUCAUGCACAUGGUCACAGGAUCCUCUGGGAGGAGGUAGUGCACUCGGAACCCGCACCAGAGCCUCCAGAUGCUCCACUUCAGCCUCCGGCAACCGGGCACAUGGCUCCUGAGCUCCACGGGCCCUGGGACAGAGCUCUAUCUGCUUCUCACAGUCCCACCCCUUCCCAGAAAGGAAGUCCUGGAAACCAGGUGGCUGCGUCACUUCUAACUGCAGGGCUCCAGACUCUGGAGAAGAUUGAAGACAUGGCUGUAUCCCUGAUUCGAGAGGAGUGGCUUCUUGAUCCAUCACAGAAGGAUCUGAAGAGAGAUGACAGGCCAGAGAGUUACAGAAGCAUGUUCUCCCUGGGUGGUGAAACCAGGAAUGAGAACAAGGAAUUGGCUUCAAAACAGGUAAUAUCUACCGGAGCCCAACUACAUGGAGAGACAGCAGCCAAAUGCAACGGGGAUCUUAUCGGGGGUCUUGGGCGUGGAGAAGCCCAAGACCUUCUGGGCAGAUUAGAGAGGCAGCGGGGGAACCCCACCCAGGAGAGACGACAUAAAUGUGAUGAAUGUGGAAAGAGCUUUGCCCAGAGCUCAGGCCUUGUUCGUCACUGGAGAAUCCACACUGGGGAGAAACCUUAUCAGUGUAAUGUGUGUGGGAAAGCCUUCAGUUACAGGUCAGCCCUUCUUUCCCAUCAGGAUAUCCACAACAAAGUAAAACGCUAUCACUGUAAGGAGUGUGGCAAAGCCUUCAGUCAAAACACAGGCUUGAUUCUUCACCAGAGAAUCCACACUGGGGAGAAGCCGUAUCAGUGCAAUCAGUGUGGAAAGGCGUUCAGUCAGAGUGCGGGCCUCAUUCUGCACCAGAGAAUCCACAGUGGGGAAAGACCCUAUGAAUGUAAUGAGUGUGGGAAAGCCUUUAGUCAUAGCUCACACCUCAUUGGACAUCAGAGAAUCCACACUGGGGAGAAACCCUAUGAGUGUGAUGAGUGUGGGAAAACCUUCAGGCGGAGCUCACAUCUUAUUGGCCAUCAGAGAAGCCACACUGGGGAAAAACCCUACAAAUGCAAUGAGUGUGGGAGGGCCUUCAGUCAAAAGUCAGGCCUUAUUGAGCAUCAGAGAAUUCACACUGGAGAAAGACCCUAUAAAUGCAAAGAAUGUGGGAAAGCUUUCAAUGGGAACACUGGCCUCAUUCAGCAUCUGAGAAUUCAUACAGGGGAGAAGCCCUAUCAAUGUAAUGAGUGUGGGAAAGCCUUUAUUCAGAGGUCCAGUCUCAUUCGACAUCAGAGAAUCCACACUGUAGAAAAAUCUGAGUCUAUAGGAGUUUAGGGGAAAUUUGAAUCAUAGUUUGGGCAUUAUUCAACAGUAAAGGAACCACAUGCUGUGCAAGGUCCUUCAGUGCAGUAAAAAGGCAGAAAGUUUGUAAUCUUGAACUGAUGCAGGGUCAGCAUCUUAACGGGGGCAGUUAGAAUAGCUCUUGAGUACUUUGGGCCCAGCGUCUCAAUGCAGGUGGGUUAGCUUGACUGUCCUGGAGGUGUCUGGUGGCCCAGCAUACCCCUUAGAAGCUUAAAGAGUGAGUUGCUAGUGGCUUGAGGAACCUAACACCAAACUUUGUCUUCUGUCUUAGUAGCUGUAGAUUUAAGUCAGUUUGCUCCUGGCUCCUGCUUGCUCUCACUCUCUGGCCCCCUCCCCAGUUAGUCUCCUGGAGGGGCAUGUGUGUGCUCCUCAACCAAGGAAGCUUGCUUUAGAGUUCAAAGCAGCCUCUUUGAGACUUAGUGUAUAUUUAUCUUUCUAAGAUUCUAGUUCUAGGGAGAAUUUUACAGACAGGUAUUCAAGCUUAGGUGUGCAUUUUCUUCUAAUGUUCCUGGUAAUCAGUGAAGUGCAUAUUCUCAUUCACACUCAGAAUGCUGUAUUUUUAACAGCACUCCAGCAUUUUGUUCAUGUCACUUUCACUGACUCCAUUGAGUCACUAAACACCACAAGUGUCCUCCACCCCCAGCCCCAGGCCCUGAGUCGGCCAAGGAAGUGAUGCCUUAGUGAUGGUUGUGGGCUGUGCAAAGGAAGGUGAGUGCAGACAGUCCACCUGCUCUUGAGCUUGGAUGGUUGCCCCUUGUGGUGACAUCUGGCCAUCCUUCCCACCUCCCUACGCACGCUAUGGUACAGACGGCUGCUUUACACCAUUCUAGUUAUGGUGUCACAUGGGAGCCUGUGGGCUUGAGGAAGGCA